AUGGCAGUCUGGGCGUUCUGUGUCUGCCGAAAGUACUGAGGACAUUGGGCUCUCCCUGGGACCGUACAAGACUCCAAUCGAGCAGCCUUGCUAACCGUCACACUCUUGCAGCCGCGCCCGCUCUCAAGUGGCGCUUUCAUGUCCAUGUUCAAAACCGACAAUUCAAAACAAUCCCCCAAAGCCGAUGCCGAAAAGGAAAAGGAUACAGCGGCACAAGUUGAGGAGGUACUCAAGCGACUGGACACACUGAACAUUACGGAUGUCACAGCCGAUCAUAUUAAUGAUAUCAUGGCCACCAAGUUCGCGGACGGUGACCCCAAGAAAGCGGUCGAAUUCAUCGAUAUGGAACAGAAGGCAGCCGCAGGCAUCAUCUCGCCCUACGAUCCCAGCAUUGACAUGGUCGGCGCCGAGAAUCGCGGCAACGUCACUUGCUAUUUAGAUGCCCUGCUCUUCGCCAUGUUCUCCAAACUCGACGCCUUCGAAUGCAUGCUCAAAACCGACUUCCCAGAGGAGGACAGUCGCUCGAAGCUGGUCACCCUCUUGCGCAUGUGGGUGAAUAUGUUGAGGACUGGAAAGUUGAUUCACACAGAUCUGACCAAACUUAUUCAAGACGCCCUGGCCGACUCCGGUUGGUCAGACGCCCGCAUGCUCGAGCAACAAGACACCUCGGAGGCUUUUGCCUUCAUCACCGAAACUCUCCAGCUGCCGCUCCUGUCACUGCAAGUCGACCUCUUCCAUCAGGGUAAGAGGGACAAGGAUGAUCACAAGGUCGUUUACGAGCGCCUCCUAAAUCUCGCUGUCCCACCGGACCCCGAGGAAAAGGGAAUCAAGCUUGAGGACUGUCUAGAGGAGUAUUUUAAUGCUCAGGUCGAUGUCCAAAGGGACAGCGAGGAGGCCAAGAAGGCCAGUUUGCAUGAGAUGAGCCGCAGCGACCUCCCAAGGUUGGUCCACCGAGAUACAAUCCGGCUAAUCACAGAGGAGUUGGGAGAAUCAUCCACCCCGACAGUCACGGCAUCACCUAUUGCCCUGACCCCAGUACAGCGAACGCCCGCCAAUGAAAAGGUGCUCCAACUUUCAAUCCCAGAACCGAAGCCCGAAGAGCCAAAACCCACAGAGUCGAAGCCCGAGGAAUCGAAGCCCGAAGAGGAGUCAAAGCCCGAAGAGGAGUCCAAGCCCGAAGAGGAGUCAAAGCCCGAGGAGUCAAAGCCCGAGGAGUUGAAACCAGAGGAGUCCAAACCCGUGGAGCCGAAAUCUACGGAGUCCAAACCUGAGGAGUCCAAACCCGAUGAGAACGGAACUCCUAGUGAAACCCCUGAUGAAGGAACGAAUGGAAAGGCCGUGGGCUCUGAACCAGGGCUAGUGGCUCCCCAACCCAAACCAACCGUACGCGCAAGAUCGACGAGCGUCAUCCAACGGGUCUUAUUGGACGAGCAAGGUCGUCCAUCCAGUCCGGACAAUCCUACAAUGCUGCAGAAGGCUAUGCGCAAGGGCUCAACCGUAGUGAAGGCGGUCACAAUCCCUGCCUGGCAAUUCUUCAGGUUAAUUCCAUGGCAUGCUCUUACAAGCAACGAGCCGCAGAGCAAUGUAGAUGUUGCAUUGAACUUUGACCAAAGACCAGUUGUGGGUAUCUGCCUCAAGCGUUAUGCCAUGACUGAGUCUGGUCAACCUAAGAGGCACAACACUUUUAUCGACAUUCCCGAUAGUCUCAGGCUUCCUCAUUUUAUGAUGGGUGACGACCCUAAGCUCGAAGAAGAUCCCAAUCCUCUCAGUGACUAUAAGCUUGUGCUUCAGUCCGUCAUUUGCCAUCGCGGGGAUUCCCUUCAGAGCGGUCAUUACAUUGCUUUCUCGAGAGUAGCGCCAAAGCUGCUUACGAAAAACAGGCGACAUGACUUUGAUCCGCCGCCAGACUACGAAGAGGCUCAAUGGGUUCGCUUUGAUGACCUGCACAUCGAGAAACGAGUCACAUAUGUGGAUGACAUCAAGCAAUCCCUGAAGGACGAGAUGCCAUACCUCCUUUUCUACCAGAUCGUGCCAAUGGUCGAAAUGACCGCCCCUUCUGUUGACGAUACUGAGACGGAACCGCCGUCGUACAACGAAUCCAAAGUCAGCAUUGAGCUACCUCCGACGCCAACGCGGGUUGACAGCAACCAGCUCGGAAUUCUUGGACAGGACGACGGCUACUUCGACAACACUCCUACAGCUGCGAGCUCUCAACUGCACCACAGCAAGCCGCCCAGUAUCCGGCUGUCGUCUGAUAGCGAGAGGCUACCCCGGAGAAGUGGUGAAAUACUGGAUUCGCAUUUUGGAUCAUUGCUCGGCGAUUCUCGUCGCCCAAGUGUGAACUGGACCGACUCGACAUCGGCAACUCCCGCCGUCACGCCCAACUCUCACUCCCCUGCCGUCACGCCAAGUGAGGAAUCAACUGCCUCGAGGUUGUCCCGAGCAGCAUCGCGGUUUGCGAAGUCGAACCGGAGUCGGCCAACCAGUCAGACGGGAGAGAAUCGUAUCAGCUUCUCUAUGACUCGCUACGUGGGUCUCAUGCGACCAAGCAAGGAGCCUUUGGUAGACACGAAUGGGCUUGGGACUUCAUCAGCCAACUCGACAGGACCCCUGACUCUUGACGCAUCCAAGGAGGGGGGCGACUCACCCACCCAACCAGAGCCAGAGCAACCGCAAGUCCAUCAUCACCAUACCCAUAAGCAUAGUCACAAGCGAAUCCGGUCCAAGGACAAGAUCAACAAGAAUAAAAACAAUUCGCAGCCCGAGCGAGAAUGCACGGUCAUGUAAUACCAAACAUUACCUACCCAUAUAAACAACAGAACCAGCAAUACUACCGGAGGCGAAAAACAGGAGACCGGUCAGGAAGAGAAAAAAACAAUUGUUUCGUGUUUUCAUACACU